ACAGAAAGAGACAGAGAGUGAGAAGAGAAGAAAAAAAAAAAAGCCUGCAAAUCCUCAUUCCCCAUCGCUCAGUACUGUAUUUUUAUCUGACCACAGAGACAAGAGGAAAGCCAUCCCUCUCAACCUCUCAGUACCCACCAUGGAUCCCAAAGACCGAAAGAAGAUUCAAUUCUCCGUGCCUGCACCCCCGAGCCAGCUAGACCCUCGCCAGGUGGAGAUGAUCCGCCGCCGAAGACCCACCCCCGCUAUGUUGUUCCGUGUUUCAGAGCACUCUUCUCCAGGUGAAGUCCCUCCAGAUAGAGAGGAAGAGGCUUCCCCCUAUCAGAGAUCCUCUGGCGAGGGGCACCAUCUCAAGACCAAGAGAGCCAACCCUUGUGCCUACACUCCCCCUUCUCUGAAAGCUGUCCAGCGCAUUGCUGAAUCACACCUGCAGUCCAUCAGCAACCUGAGUGAGAACCAGCCUUCUGAUGAAGAAGAAGAAGAAGGUGAGCAGGGAAGCAGACGCUGUCAGGGAGAGGAGGAGGAAGAAGAAGAGGAGGAGGAAGAAGAGGAGGAAGAUGACUCCAGCCAGGCAGAGGUUGUCAAGGGCAGAAAUGAGCCUGCUGUGCAGCCAACUUCUUGUGGCCAGGGCCUGGAAGGGCCUUGGGAGCGGCCACCCCCGCUGGAUGAGCCCCAGAAGGACGGAACCUCUGAAGGCAAGGGAGAGGAAGAAGAAGCUGCGCAGAAUGAACCUGGUGAGGGGAUCCAGCAUCCUGGUCCUCCUGUCCCUGGCACAUAGACACUCCUGAAUGCUGUUUCCUCCUUCCACCAACAAUCCUGGACCCCUGAAGAGGGAGGAAGAUGGGGGAACAACACUGUUCCCCAGUCCCUACCCCCUACCUCUCACCUGCCAAGGCUGCAGCUUCUGAUACCUAGGAGACCGAGGCUAGUCUAUGUGUUUGCUUGUUUGCCUAUCCCUUUGCUGAUGCCCAGGGCCCCCAGACAAUGCCCAAUGCCCACCCUUACCAUCUUUACUACUCCCCCACCCCCCCCCCCCCCCCUGCCCAGGUG